AAAUGUAUCUGCAAUAGUAGUUAACUAAAAAAAAUAACAAAGUGCAUUUCUUUAUAACACAACACUAUCAACAGCCUUAAUACAAGGACUUAAGCCUCUGAACCAUGUCAUUUAAAUAAUGUCCUCGUGUGCAUAUCGAAAACCCAAAUUUACAUCUGUCGUUGGUUGCGAGAAAUACACUUCACUCACUUCCAACAUCCGUUCUACCUGCUUUCAUUGAGCAAUAUUUUACCUAUUUGUACCAAAAUCGGUUUCGUUUUUAAACCUUUUCAUGAUGUGUAUGAAAUGAAUUGCCUGCAAAGACUUAAGGCAUUAAAACAAAAGGAUACACAUAAAACCAUUAGGUUUACUAUUUCUCCUAAUAUUCUUUUAUUGGUUCUAUAAAAACAUUUUCUCUGUGCAAAUAAUCCCACCUGAUGAAUUGCAAUUGAAAAUGAAGGCACUUAUGGAGCGAGUUGAAACAACUCGUGCUGAAAAUCCUGCACUUUUUUGUUUAGUGGCCUCAUCGUCUUUAGGAGCAUUGGCCGUUUUGGGACAUUAUUUAUCCGGUUCAACGGUUGUGCUAAUUUGUCUUAUUGCUGCUGUUAUAUUUUCAACUAAAUAUAAUUUCAAAAUUUUGAAAAGAAAGAAAAUAGAUAAUACAAAUUUGAUUAAAUUACAAGAAAAUGAAUUUGAUGAAUUUUUACCCGAAGUCAAUGAGAGUAAUAUGUCGCUUUUGGAGCGUGCCAGUGAUCAAUCCAGUGUCGCCCUUCCUGCCGAGGAGGGUGAAGAAAAAAGUGAGGAAAUUCCCUCAUUUUUAAUGAUCCCUGAUUGCAUACCCGAAAUUGACGAAAACUCAACUGACGAGGAUGAUGCCUUGGGUAUAGGUGUACCCGACGAAAUAUUAAACGAACAUCGAUCUCGAUCUGCCGAAAUCGAGUUCAAAAAAGGACAUUUCAAAAAGGAUUCUUCCGUAUCGACAUCUUCAUCGUCCGAUGAAGAAAACCUAUCCAAGGGUUUGAAAUUUCCCGAUCAUUCGAAUGUCGAAGAUCAUGGAUCAUCAACAACACAAUCAAAACAAUCUGAACUCAGUCAACAAAUGCAACAGUCUCUGAUUAUGUCGCGUACCAUUUUACCAAGUCUUGUUACAGGAUUGGUAUCAUGGGCAGGUGGCAGUAGUGCAGUUGCUACAGCUGCUGCUGUUGCAAUUGAUAAUCACACCAAGAGUGAAUUACAUCGUGUUGGACACGAUGACAAUAAUAAAACAUACUCAGAUGAAGAUGAAAGUGAUUACGAAAUAGUUAAUACUGACGAAUAUCAGUAAUCUACAAAAAUAUAAAAUAAAAAACAAAUUUUAAAACUAAAGAAUUAAAUAUUGAGAUUGAAAAAUAAUAUUUAAAUGUAACAAUCUAUAAUAAUUGUAGUAUUCUACAAAUAAAAAAAAAAAAAACAAGAAAGAAAGAAAUUAUUAGAAUUAUUAAUCAGAAAGCAAAAUGUCAAAGAGUACUAAAUCCUAUUUGAUUAUUAUUAAAAUAAAUUAAUAAAUAUGUAUGUCAUAAUGUUUUAUGUUAAAUCACCAAAAAUAUAAACAAAACAAAUAUUAUUAAUAUAUUCAUAAAUUCAAAAACAAAAACACAAAAUUCAACCAACUUGGAUGAAUGGAUUUAUCUUGCAAAAUUCUGUUUUCUUUUCGGAGGCUCAAUAACAACAAACAAAAUAUGGCUUUAAAAAUUGUUUUUUUUUUAUUGUUUUUUUUCUAAGUUUGGUCGGGCGACUGGUAAAUGCCGAUACCAAUUUGUUCCGAGGGACACCUAAGAGGAUCAUUUUCGCUCAAAUGUUUUAAACAAGAAAAACUUUCUCAGCAUAUUCCAAUCCCAAACUUAAAACAGUUAGUAAAAUUCCUGGAGUAUCAAAAGGGAAAAGUUGUAAAAGGGAUGUUCCUUAAGGAAAAUUACAUAAAAUUAGUAUUGAUAACAAAAAACCAUUACAUUGUUGUUUUAUUUAAUAUAGUGAACUCUUUUGGUUUCCAAGUCCAAAUUCACAGAAAGCAACUUAAAUACCAUACACUUACAAAAUUUAAGUUCAUCUUGUUUCAAUUGGAAUGUUUUCUUUUACUAAAUAAUGGUUAAAUAUUGACUUAAAAAAAGAAAACAAACUUGCAAGAUCUAUUCAACAAAACAAGCAAAGAAAUUUUAAAAAAACAUAAAAUCGAAAAUAUUAAAUUAUUUUUAUAUUUUCCAAAAAAUAAAUGUUGACAAAAUGGCAAUCUGUGGAGAUUGCAUUGCAGUAAAGGUCAGUUGAAGUUUAUGCUAAUAAAAUCAAUGUGCUAAUUAGAUAA